CCAGCGACGCUUUCAAGUCUGUGUACAUUAUCGAAGAGGAGUCAGACAUACGUAGCAAAGGGCCAGGGGGAUUUUAUUUUUCAUUUAUUUUAAUCAUUAUUUAUUCGUUUAUUUGUUAUCACCAUCUUAAGGAGUUAGCAACCCCCUUAGUUAUGUUACUGGUUUGAUUGUGGCGUGAAUGAACAUGUCUGUACAGUUGCCGUGAUCUCAGUCUUUCUGUGCCUUAAUGUUUUAGUACUGUAUUUGUGUUUGCACAUAUAUGUCUUGUGUUUGCAUAUCUCUGUAUUGUCAGUUUUGUGUGAAUUCUUGGAAAUGCCUUAGCACUUUAGCACUCAGUACAGGUGUGUGUAUGUGAUGACUAAAUAUUUUUUUUAAAGUAUUUUAAGCUAUUUUGUCAAAACGCAUGAAUGGUAAUAUAUGCAAGUAAGCUGGUAUAGUGUGAGCCAUGAUAUUGGUGCCUUUUUGUGUGUCUGGCAGACUAGCUCAAUGAUAAGUGAAAUCACUGUAUAUGAGCAGGUGUGUGAAUGCCUUUUGAUUUUCAGUCAGGCUGCUCAGGCCAAUCAGUUAGUAAACCAGUCAAGUGCAUGUUUAGGAAAGGUACUGUGUGGUGUCCAGCCCACUGUUGUGUGAAUGUGAUUGUGUAUCAGGUUGCCUGGUCUGGUCAGCGUGUCUGAAAACCAGGCUUGAUUCAUGACUGAGUAUUACGAGGAGGGGGGGUUGCUGUAUGAGCACUCACCCCCCAUGCACAUUAAAGUGGAGUCUCCAGAAGGACCCUUUGGAGGGGGAGUGUCUGAGGAUGGCUUCACUAGAGAGGACGACGACUCGGAGGGGAGCUGUGACAACGGGGAAUUGCCGGGGGCCCUUCCUUUCAAUGUGGUGGUUGUGCACCCCAGUAUCAUGGCCCCGGGAAUGUCUGCAGAUGAUCUCAUCCCCCAUGAACAAAAUAGCAGUGUCUCUGCCGCCAUGGUGGCUGGGGGCGGGGGCAAGCGGAAGAGCCGGUUCAGUGGGGCGGAGCUGGAGGUGCUGGUGUCGGAGGUGACACGCUGUGAGGGGGAGCUCUUUGGGCCAGCAGGCAGACUACGGCGCCGGGAGAGGGAACGGAUUUGGGGCGGGAUCCUGGAACGGGUCAACGCCGUGUCCCGCGUCCCACGCACCCUUCGGGAAGUCAAGAAGCGCUGGGAUGACCUGAAGAGACGUAACGGGGGCAGGCUGGCCGAUGCCCGGCACCGCAGCUGCUGCCUGCCUCCUGGGCGGAGUGCCUCCACGCUGGGCCGAUCUGCUCAGGCGAGUCCCAGGCUUCAGCAGGCUCGACAGAGGCAAGGAAGCAGGGGGAAGGCCGGUUACCAAUGUUUUUCUGAUAAUGAUGUAGUGGUCGGUGGAGCUGUGGAUGGGAUGGAGAGAGAUAUCUUUGAGAAAGAGGAGGAACAGUCAGGAGGUGGGGAGGAAGGUGAAGGGGACCAUGAUGGAGGCGAUAGCAACAUGGAGGACAAAUUGGGACUGGGACUAGGACUGGGACUGGGGCCACCCCCUACAUCGGAGCGUUGGCUGCCUCCGUCCCCCCUCUACAGCGCCCCGUUCCUUAACGGAACACCACAGCCUAGUCCUCAGCCUUCUCUUGUGGCUCCGCAUGGCCCUGUGGAGGUACCCCUUCGUAGCUCAUGGCUGGAAGAUGAGCUUAGGGGCUUGGGAGAAGCUGCGGCUCAUCUCGGAGACAGGGUGGAGCAGCACUUAAGAGAGUUUGGUGAAGGUUUUAGACGUGAUGUACGGACGCUAGUGGCCUCCCAGGAAGCCCUUUCCAUUAGCUUACAGCAGAACAAUGUACUUUUGCAAAGGCUACUGGGAAUCCUUGAAACGCAACAACAACAGCAACAACAACAACAACAACAACAACAGCCCCAAAACCCAGGCAUUCCUCCUCCCCCAGUUGUGCCACCAAUACCGGCACCACCUGAUAUUCUAGAUGGUACUGUCCAGGCUGAUCCGUCAGUAGAAAUGGCUGGGAGAGCCCAACGCCCACGGCGGGGGAGGACUGGUGACCAGAGACGCCGACGAAGGCGCUAGCCAGAGAAAUUAAAACAAAGGCUUUAAAUACAAUAAACAAGUAAAGUAAAGCUUGGUCUUUAAGUUGAAGUUAAUUGUUAUUAUUAGGUUACCCCAGAAUUACCAAAGUUUUCUUCAGCUUCUCAGCCCAAUAAUGCCUUUAAGCAUUGCAGACAACUACAUUUGUAAAAUCAGUUCUAAUAAUAACAAUACUGACAAGCUAUAUCCAUUCAGAUUAAAGCUCACAAUAAUCAUUCUUGUUGAUAGACAAUCAAAAUUCUAUUGGCUCAUGUCAUCGUAUGGCGAUAUUCAAAUUGGAAACAUGUUUUUCCAUUUUAUAUGCACCUGUGUAAAGACCUGCUUUAGAAUAAGCACUUUAGCCGCUGGUUUAAUAGUAUUUUAUUAUCCCAAAUUUCUGAAACAGAAAUAUGCUGGUUUUAUUGUAUGCGCUGUUAUCUUGCAUGCAGUUUCAAACUGGAAAAUAAAAUGCAAGGGAUCUGCAAAUUAAGCUCAGCAUUGAUGUUCAAUUUUGCACAAUUUAUAUCUUGUAAAUAUUUAAAGGAUGUGUUCUGUCAAGUUGUAUGGAAGAAUUAUCUAAAUGUAAAUAAAGAGAACCUGACAGCAGCA